AUGGGUAGCAAUCAAGAAGAGAACGAUGGUGUUGUUGCAGAAAAUCUACUGAAAUAUGUGGAUAACGAGUGGGGAACCGAAGCAUCGACUCAGGUGUCGACACGACCGGUGGAAGGAGUCGUUGGGGACGUGCCAGUGCCCGCCGAAGUGGAGCAAGUGGAAAAAGAGUUGAAGCAGUCGAGUGAGCGGUUCCGUAGAUCAAAAGUUCACUCGGUGACCACAACGACAACGGAUACGGAAUCAGGACCGCCCGUCCUUCACACCGCCACAACAACCAAUGCGAAGAAGUUGACAUUUCAAAAUAUCGAGGCGAUCGCCGUGAAGAAGAAGGGCAUUCGUCAGGAGAUUCUGAAAAAAGUAUCUGGAAUCGCUCGUCCCGGAGAGCUGACGUUUAUUAUGGGAUCAUCUGGAGCCGGAAAAACGACACUUUUGAAUAUUCUGACUGGAAGGAAUCUGAAGAAUAUCGAGACGGAGGGAGAGGUUUUUGUGAAUAACCGCAACAUGACACCGGCCGAGAUGAAGAAGCUAUCCGCCUACGUUCAGCAAGACGACGUCUUCAUCGGAAUGUUGACAGUCCGUGAGACCCUCCGUUUCGCAGCGAAACUCCGUUCCCCUCAUAAAUUGGAUAAAGUCGAGCUGGAGUCGAUUGUCGACGAAUUGCUGGUUAUGAUGAGUCUGAAGAAAUGCGAGAAUACAAAAGUCGGAUCGAUGACCGAGAAGAGUUUGUCGAGAGGCGAGAGGAAACGGUUGGCGUUUGCUUGUGAGAUCCUCACCGACCCGCCGAUCCUCUUCUGCGAUGAGCCCACCUCGGGUCUCGACUCAUUCAUGUCUCACCAAGUGAUCAAAGCUCUCCGUCAACUGACUUUCGAAGGAAAAACCGUCGUUUGCACUAUCCAUCAACCAUCCACUUCUGUCUACCAUAUGGCUGAUCAGUUGAUUCUACUCUCACAGGGAUACGUGGCGUAUUCUGGACCCGCUAAACAGGUGGACGCGUUUUUUGGAAGAUGCGGCUACCCGAUUCCCAAGUUCGUCAGCUCUCCCGACCACUUCAUGCGUGUGAUCUCCCACAAAUCCUUUGAGUCGGAAGACGAAUACAACCGUCGAAUCGAGCGAAUCGUGCUGGAACACGACACAAUCCAAAAGGAAAAGUCGGCUCACUCAUCGACUCACUCGUCCCGUCGUGAUCUACCAGUAGAUCUGAAAGACGUGUUCCCCAGGACAUGGUGGUGUCAGUUCUAUUACAUUUUUCAUCGAUCCGCCACUCAAUUGUACAGGGAAAGGGCAGUACUGGUGGUCAAGCUUAUUCAAGGUGUCGAAACGCUUCGAAUGAGUAUGAUCAUGCCAAGAUUUGAAACCCUCAUCAUGAGCACGAUGAUCGGCGCGACUUACUUCCAAAUGAGCAUCGAGAAAAAGUAUUUGAUGAGUUUCAAAGGAUUUGCGUUUGUCUCCGUCCAAAUGAUGCAUAUGUUGUUCAUGAUGCCGGCGAUGACAGUUUUCUGGAAGGACUACCCGGUCGUUGUCAGGGAGUUUCAGGCGAACAUGUACUCGCCAAGUGCCUACUACUUGGCGAAGACUACUGCUGAUAGCGUCCAAUACCUGGUCUUUCCCGUCAUAUUCAGUGCAAUCCUGCUGGGAAUGACAGCUCUUCCAUUCAGUGGUUAUGUGGUCACUCACUACUUGAUUAUCAAUAUUUUGCUCAGUUUGAAUGCGUGUUCGAUUGCUCAAUCCUUCGCGGCGAUGUGUGGCCACCUUGCCACCGGAAUGACCGUCCUCCCAAUCGUCGUCGUGCCUCUUAUGGUGUUCGGUGGGUUCAUGAUUAACUACGACUCGAUUCCCACAUAUUUCUUGCCUCUCGCCUGGGUCUCUUGGUAUAAAUACGGUUUCGAGGCAAUCACUAUUGUCUAUUUCGAAUCAAUCGAUAAAAUUCCGGGAUGUGAUGUGGGCGGAGCCAACACUACAGUAGUCUCCAUGUCGAUGGAAGACAACUGUUCGACUGGCGCCGAGUUUAUUAAGGUUCAAGCGUUUGAGGUUUCUAACUUGUGGCUCGACUACACCGUCAUUUUGGUUGCCCUUCUGUUCUGGAAGAUUCUGGGAGUGGUGGCGUUUAGUUGGAGAAUUCGUAGAGCUUGA